AUGACUAUGUCACUUGGCGAACGCUUUUCAUACCUUAGACAAGAGCUCAAGGAGCUCCAAGCUAAGGAAAUUCAACUUGAAUUAGAUCUCCAGCGGCACGAGCGUGUUUUAGAAACAAUCGCCAAUCUUGAACCAGGACGUAAAUGCUUCCGCCUUGUCGGUGAAGUACUCGUUCAGAGCACAGUUGGAGAAGUUCGCCCAACACUCAAAGAACAGAUAGAAAACUUGAAGGAGGCUGUUGCUCAAUACACCCAAAAUGUUGAACUUAAGGAAAAAGAAAUCCAGAAAUUCCAGGAAGACAACAAGAUUCAAUUCGCAUCAGUUAAUCAACUUCAAGAGCGUGCUAAAGAAAAUUAA